AUGUUAUCUAGAGUAUCUAUAAGAGCAUUACCAGUCAGAGGUGGAAUUCGUUGUUUCUCAAAUUCAACCCUUUUAAAACAAAAAGAUAUCAUUGAAGCUGUUGACUACAGUGGAGCCGAAAUCAUUUCAGGAGCUCCAAAAGAAUUAAUCACCAAAAGAUGUGUAAGAAUCUAUCAAGAAGCCAAGCCAGCAACACAAUCAGGUACUUUUGGUACUAGAAACUGGAAAUUGGAUUGGGAUAUUUUAGGUAAAGGUAAUAGAUGGGAGAAUGAUUUAAUGGGUUAUCAAGGUUCGGCUGAUUACAUGCAAGGUACUAUAAUGAAAUUCGAUACUAAGGAAUCUGCUAUUAGAUUUGCAGAAAAUCAAAGUUGGGAUUAUUAUAUUCAAGAACCAAAAAAGAGACAUUUCAGAAAGAAGGAUUAUUCUGCCAACUUUUACCAUUCCGCUGGUCCAUUGAAACAUAUUAGAACCAAGUAA